AUGCACGAGAAACAUACUAAUGUUCUGCAAUACAAAGAAACGUUCUGUCAUCGCCGCGACGCGCUGCCCCACCUGUGCUCUCUCAUCACCGGUGACGCGCUGCUGUAUUCCAUGUUCAGAGAGAAUGCGGAACCAGUUGACUGUCCUCUUAAAGGACCCUUCUCGUUCACUUAUAACAGAGGCCACGGGGACUGCAAAAGCCCUGUCUCGUCCAUUGAGAGCUGCACGGAAGACUCGCGACUUCUGCUUAACUACCAGGCCUGCCCCGACGUGUACGGCUCAGAAAGCACGGUUGAAGAACUCGAAUGCCUCGCCACAUGGAAGGAGGGAAGCCUACGUUUCCUGGUGGGGAAGCUGCAUCACAACCACGCCACCAGCAACGAGGAUCGGUACCGCUGCUUCGUGUAUGAAAAGACGAAUGGUAUUGGAUCCAGCAUUGCUAUGAAAGACAGUGUUAGCGCUGCUGUCGGCGUGGAGUACAGAGUGGCGCAGUCUGGAGACGCAACAUGCAACGGACUCUUCAGCGCGACGGAGGGCUCGAGAACAAUGGCUCUCAAAAGAGUAUCAGUUCGCUUCAACUGCCAGUUCCCCGCGUGGAUGACUUUCUCGCACACGUGGCACACGCUGGACUUCAGCAGCAACUACACGUUCUACCAGCGGAACGCCACUCUGCGAAUCACCAACCAGACCGGUGCUGACAUCAAGGUCUACUGUGUCAACGUGAAGGCAAGCUCGCCGAGUGGCAACUCUGUUGCAUUGGUCGCGCACUGGCAACAUCAUUGCGUGUCGCGGUACGUGUGCGUGGUGCUGUACCGGCGCGACUCGCACCUGGCCGAGCUGCAGCGCGGCGCGCCGGCCGCGCGGCCCGACGACGCCUGCUCGCCGCACCACUUCAACGCGGUCACCGCGCCCUACGUCACGCUAGUCGCUAGUAACCCAGAAUCGAAAGUGUGCCCUUAUUCUGGCAAGUACAUCAUUCAGAAUCAUCACUAUCAAAGAACAGCAAGAUCACUAACAAGGAAAGAAAACAAUACUGAUAGGAGUAAAAGAGAAAAAACAAUUGUGGGACAUAAUCGUAGAGUUAACCACACUAGACUAUUUAAUUUUAGCAUUAAGAACAUGUCGGCAACUCCGAUUAUGAGAAGCCGGAGACAAUCUGACGACAACGAUGUUAGCUGUGCAAAUAGUAACUACUAUAGACUAGAAGUUGGGUGCAAUUCUGCCAAGAAUAUGGAGUUUUAUUCAACGUGUGAAAAUAAGGAGGUUGUUACAGCGUACACGUGCCACGGCGGGUGGUACGAGAACGGCGCGUCGUUCGUGGUGGCGACGCCUGUGACACGCGACAGCGGCGCAGCGCGGCGCUACUGCUUCGUGUCGCGCGAGGCGCGCGGGCCGCGCGGGGGUAGCGCAGGGGGUGCGGGCGGAGAGGCGGCCGCGCUGGCGCUCGCGCGCUCCGCCGCCAACUGCGAGCGGGCGGAUGCCGCGCCGCUGCUCUUCGAUGCCGCGCCACUCGGGGAAUGUCAAGAUCAACCUAACAAGCAAACACUGCUACGAAUACCCUCACCGUAUUCGACCUUCGUGGCAGCUGUGAUAGUUUAUUUUGUAAUACCUAGGUGA